AAUGGGGAUUAAAUCAUACCAGCAAUAUAUUGUUUAUUUGCAAAAUAUUGCGUUUUGCCUUACAAAUCAUUUCAAAGUUAAUUGUAGAAAGGUUAUUCCUAUGAAAUCAAGUUUAUACUUCUAAUGUAACAUUGAUAUACGUAUGUAUGGACUAUUUAUACUUUUAUUUGUUCAUUAUUUGUAUAGAAAAUGCUUCCUGUCGUGUCAUUUUAGAUAUCUCAACAUCGUAGUCAUAUUACAUAUUGAUUGUUUAGAGUUAAAUAGGCGAGAACCAAUACAAUGCACCAUUAAAUAAAAUUUAGUGCACAGAUUAUAAACUAUAAGGAACUUAAAUGGAUAAAAAUGUACAAAUUAAGUCAUCUGAUCUAUUUUAACAUAUAGUUUGUUUCGUUUUAAACACACAUUCACUGGGGCAUGAUUGUGAAAAGGGUGAAUUGUGUCGUAGGAUAAUAACAUGUAUCAUGGGGGAUCGUACUGUAGUGAGUUUACGUGAUUGGAAAGUGUUCGAGAAAGUAAUACCAAAAUACAUAACUAGUAAUAUAGACAUAAACAAAGCUAUUACUUUGUUGCACGAACGUGGAUUUAUAUCAAUAGAAGAAAAACUCGAUUUAUUAUCACUUCGUCAUUUGCCGGGCCCUGACACUUAUAUAAAGAUUUUGAAAAGAAUAUUUCAACUUCUUAACUUUCAGGAUAUAAUAAGUUUUUUACAAGAUAUUGGUCAACAUGCUUUUGCUAAUGAGUUGAAACUGGAACGAUAUGGUUCAGGAAUCGUCAUACCGUCACAAGGGGCAGAUUUAGCUGUUACACGUGCGACAUUUCGUUACUAUAAUAAUAUGAAAAUUCAAAUGGAUAACAAUAUUUUCGAAUUUGGCAGAUUACAUGAACUAGACAGACGUUCAUCAUUGUUGAGAAACGAGAUUAUUACCGAACGGAACUUUCCAAGAAGACAGCGCCUUGUAAAUCGUUAUGCUGUGGUCACCUACCAGAAAGUGGCGCAGUACAGAGACAGAGACACAAGAGUUCAAAUAUUAGACAAAAUGAAGGAAUCGCUACCAGCUGAUGUUGAUCCAAAUUUUACAAAUUUUAUUUACGCAUGCAAGAUGGCGGUGACAGAAAUGCAUGCGGACCACGUGGCCUCUGCUGAACGCUAUAUGGACGAAGCAUUUACACAAUGCGACGGUUGUGACCAAACUUUCGUGAAGACUUUUUUGUUUCAUGAUUUACAAUUUGUGUCUAGAAUUCGUCAUUCAUCUUCUCCGGCUGAUAAACAUUUAAAAGACACAAUAUCACGCGGGGACCUUGGUCUACUUUUCAUGCAAGAUGAGUGUGAUACAUCAGCCCAAAUAUGGAAUAGAAUAUUUCUUACUGAAAACGCAAUGGGACUCCUUAAGAUUCGGAGCAAUUUUAAAGUACUUGUAAAUGAAAGUGUGGACAGAAGUGACCUUGAACAUGCGGAACAGCUGUUAUCUCGUCUUCAACCACUUGCCUCACUCGAACUUAGGAGAGAAAUGAUAUACUAUCUUUGUCAAGCACGUAUCUCUGAACUUAGAGAAAAUAUAAAGGAUGCAAUUAAAUUUGCGCUCAGGGCAAAAAAACUUGCAAAGGAAGGCGUCCAUUUCAAAAAUGACGAAACUAAUAUUGAUGAAUAUUAUAAAUACUUGUGCAGAAAAGGUGAAAAAACGGUAUAAGUAGUAAUAUGUUUAUAGCUGGUAAAUGUCAUUUUGAUAAUGGAAUAUUUAAUGACAUUAUAAUGCCUUAAUGGUGUGUCUUUUAUAUGCAAUUAACUGAUAUUGCGAUAGUAAAGAUAAUGAAAGUACAA